AUUGCCAUCCCUAUUUGCGGGUGUGGAAGGCAGAAUGGAGACGUUGCGCAGUUGAAAGCCGCGGAAAGGAAGUGAAGUGUAGAGUGAGAUGAGAUCGUCUACCAACUUCCUCACAGUUGAAUCGAUCGUCCGUCGGCACUGAGAGAUAGAGAGAUUAAGAGUCUCAUCUCCUUGACUCCUUACACCUGAAAGCUUUCUCCUCUCGCAGUCUUGCUCGCAAUUCAGUAAUGGCGAAUUCUAAACUUGGCAUCCCUCUGCUCCGCCGUCUGCGGGAAACAGGAACGAGAUGGAUGUCAUCACCCGCUGCCGGGACCAGAUUCGCCGCGCUGUGGGGGAACGGUGAUUAUGGCAGGUUGGGAUUCGGUAAUUUGGAUUCUCAAUCAACGCCCAAGCCUCUUUUCCCGUCAUCCUUCCGAGACCAAACGCUCAAGUCUAUUGCCUGUGGCGGAGCUCACACGCUCUUCUUAACAGAAUCUGGGCAAGUUUUUGCCACUGGUCUUAAUGAUUUUGGACAACUUGGCAUAUCAGACAGCAGUAGUUAUGUGACGGAGCCGGUGCUAGUUUCAGGACUGGAGAAGGAAAUUGUGCAAAUUUCUGCUGGUUAUCAUCAUUCUGGUGCUAUCACAGUCGAUGGAGAACUCUAUGUCUGGGGAAGAAACUCAAAUGGACAGCUUGGUCUGGGAAAAAAGGCGGGAAAAUCAGUUUGUAUACCAACAAAAGUAGAAUUGUUGAGUGGGAUUUCCAUCAAAAUGGUAGCUUUGGCUUCGGAGCAUUCAGUUGCUGUUACUGAUGAUGGUGAUGCCUUGAGCUGGGGAGGAGGUGACUCUGGACAGCUUGGUCAUAGCGGUGAAGCAGGCAUUCUGGGAUUCCUGAAAAGCAAGAGUGAAUAUGUACCACGGCGCAUUAAGAAACUUGAGGGUUGUAAGGUGAAAAAGGUGUCUGCUGGCUUGCUUCAUACAGCAUGCGUUGGUGAAAAUGGAUCUGUUUUCAUAUUUGGUGAAAGAGCUGUCAGUAAAUUGCGCUUUGGAGAUGAAAAAAAUGCCAAUACCCCAUCCAUGCUUGAUAUGCUGCCAUCUUCUGAAGAAGUUGCAUGUGGUGGCUAUCACACUUGUGUUGUCACAGGUGCUGGAGAGCUGUACGCUUGGGGCUCAAACGAAAAUGGUUGCCUUGGUAUCGGGUAUUGUCGUUGAACCUUGAACACCAUUGAUGCCUUUGGUCUACCAGAAAAAGUCGAAGGACCUUUCCAGAAAUCAUCUGUCGACAAGGUAUCCUGUGGUUGGAAGCACACUGCGGCUAUAUCUGAAGGCAAAGUCUUCACCUGGGGUUGGGGAGGCUCUCAUGGAACAUUUUCAGAAGACGGUCAAUCUUCUGGAGGCCAAUUGGGACAUGGAAGUGAUGUAGAUUAUAUAAACCCUACGGUUGUAAAUUUCGGCGAAAAUGUGAGAGCUGUGCAAAUUUCAUGCGGGUUCAAUCACACUGGAGCCAUAUUGGUCAUGGAAGACUGAGACUGGUCAGAAUAUCUUAUACAACACAUUCAUUCAUUCACUCACUUACUCACUGACUUGAUAUAUAAGUACAUAGAUGUUGUAGUAAAUAAAUAAUCGUGUACAUUUGCAUCUUGUGUAGACAGGUUAAUGCAAAUGACUGUACAAACGGUUCUGUUGUGUAGUAAAUUAGUAACACUACUCAUUUAGAGCAGUGUUUUGGACCCCUACAUUGAUUUCUCACAGUCCAAAAACUGGAUGGAGCUUAGGCAAUACGAGGCACAUGAUCCGGUCACGUAGCUAAUCAGUUCAUACUAUUCUGCAAACUACACUGAAGCAGUACAUGAAUGAUCAUAGGAUCGGAAUUCGUAUUAACUGUGAUAUUUUUAAUGGUACACUAUUGCUUUUCUUCUCUGUUCUGUUACAAGGCCUUUCUUUCCCUUCAAACUGCCAGUUUCCUUGUCAUCUGACAGUUGGGCCUGGCUAGGGAGCAAAAAGAUUUACUCUAGGAAUCAAUAAUGUGCUUUUGUGAGUGUGAUCGACUCCUAUAUACCAAACAAAAAGAUUAGAAACAAGUAUCGUGAGAAGCUAAGGCAAUGUUAAUGAAGCAAAAAAAAAGCCGUGGUGACGAGCUUUGUUAAUCCGAGUCGAAUGAGGACUCGUCGUCUGGAUCCGGAACUCAGGAGAGGUUGAGAGCCAAUUGCUGCAGCAGGAUCUUCCGUUGCGAUGUGUUGAUGAUUCCUUUGCACUCUGCGUCCGCCAAUACUUCUGUCAUUAUCGCAACUGCGUGCCCUCUUGGCUCCUCCAGUGUUCUCCUCAACAUGAAAAC